AUGGGCAGAAACGACAAGAAAGGAGGCGGCAAGGGCGGCGGCGGCGGUGACAAGGACGCCGCUGGAGGUGGCAAGACCAAGGGCGCCCAAUCCAUCAAUGUCCGUCACAUUUUGUGUGAGAAGCAUUCGAAAAAGGAAGAGGCACUGGAGAAGCUCAACAAUGGUAUCAAGUUUGACGAGGUCGCGCGCACCUUUUCCGAGGACAAGGCUAGGCAAGGCGGAUCGUUGGGAUGGAAGUCCAAGGGCAGUCUGGAUCCCAAGUUUGAAGAGGUGGCGUUUGCUCUUGAACCGAGUACUACGAGCAGCCCCAAGAUUGGUGAGGCCAAGACGGGAUUUGGAUACCACAUCAUCAUGAAUGCGUGA